AUGAUGAACUCAUCUGAAAUCGGUCUUAUACCUGUGCAACACAAAGGUGAGUCGCAUGAUCCCUCAUUCUCCGCAUCAAAGCCCUCGGCUGAAGUAAAAUUGAGGGAUCUACCCGCCUCCCCAUCAGUAUCCUCCACCCCCAGCGCUGAGGCCGCCCUCUCCCCGGCUACUGCGUCCAACGGGGAUGAACAGCAUCAGCGCUCAACCGAAGUGAGGUUUGUGGCCGCGGCGACUGCACAAAUCAAGCGAAAGCGAGGGCGCCCGCGAAAGUAUACGUUCGACCCCUUUCCUUCACAAGUGGGCGGUGCCUCGCACACGCGCUUGGGCCUCCCAUCAUCAUUUUCCACGGUUGAAACUAAUGGUCUGCUCCCAAGUGAUUCCAGUGGGUCGGGUGUCUUAGACCACCCCAAGAAACCGCGUCUUGGUCGGCCCUCGAAGGCUUACAUAUCUGCGUCCAAUAACGCGGAUAAACCUACUGGUGUGAGGAGUGUUGAGGUGAAAGAUCCACCCAACGGGUCUGCUGUAGGGGCUACCACCUCGGAGCAAACACAUCACCAGCAGCUACACCACGAUUUAGUCUCAAACAAGCUCCACUCCCCUACAGUUCCCGCCGCCCUCUUCCCCAAAAUCAUCUCUUAUCCGUCACAAUCUCCCACCCUUCUCAACGGGCACACUAAUGGAGUCAACGGCAUACCUAGCAGCACCGCUAACACAGCCACACAGAUGGCUCCUUCCGCUGCUGCUACUCUGUCGACCACAACGUUGAAGUCCUCAGCUCCGGUCCUCAUGGAGUACUACAACGGUCCCUUCAUUAACGGUGCGAUUGCGGGUCCGGCAGCUGCGCUGAUGUCUCCUCCGCCACCACCACCAAUCCCCGCCACGCAGUUAGCGGCUGCUGCUUGCGGCACUAUGGAGGCGGGGCUGAUUCGUCGGCUGCUUCCACAGGCCGAGGCGGCAGUUAGCGCCACUAGGGCAGGCGGCUACCCCGGCCCGCACGCUUGGACUGCGGAAAUGGUUGGGUCUUUCAUUGCCACACUGCCGGGCUGUCAAAAUUUAGCUCGGACGUUCGUUGAAAACGAGGUCGAUGGUGCUGCGUUGCUGUGCUUGGAACAGCACGACCUCAUGUCAAUUCUGAAGUUGAAACUCGGACCGGCUGUGAAAAUUUUCGGAGCAAUCAGGACUCUCCGCCAGGCCUUCCUCUCGAUUCCUUAUAACGAUUUGACUGCGGACCACUCAUCAAUGUUGGCCACUGUGGUUUCCUGCUUCCCACCACUCACUGCGGCGUCGGCAACUCAGACAGCUUCGGCAACGGGCAGUAGCGCUGCUUUCUCCAUCAACAAUCUAGCUGUGGAGGAGGCGCCGUCUGCUGGCUCACCGCCGCCACCGCCGGGUUCUGUGGGAGUAGUCGUCGUGAAUGGGCCUGGAGGACGCGGUUCACCAUCGUUGGCUGUCGGAAAUGUGGAAAAGCCCAGUCACUAG